AUGGCUCUUGACAAGGAUCGAAUGCAGAAGGUGGUCCAGGUUAACUUAGGAACCAAGUAUCCUGAAGUAGUUUUGUGUGUUGGAAAAAUCUGUUUUGGUGAAAAAGCAAGGCAGAAGAUGCCCAGACCCUCAAAACAAGAUCAAAAAUACACCCUUGCCUGUGCCCUCUGUGCCCUGCUGAACUCUGGAGGAGGGGUGGUAAAAGCAGAGAUUGAAAAUGAAGGCUACAGUUUGGAGAGAGAUGGCAUUGGAGCAGACUUAGAAGAGGCUUUUCGGUCUCUCCUUUUGAUUACAGAGUGGGAAAAAUACCUGGACUUGGAUCAGCAAAGUAACAACCUCCUGAUUUUUGUGAAAACCUGGAGCAGUGAGAGCACAGCCUCAGGGUCUGCAAGUGCAAAGCCACGGAUCUGCAGCCUGAGCACUGGGCUGUACAUAAAAAGCGGAGCCUCUCUUCCUCACAUGAACCCUACUGAAGCUCUUCUGUUCCUUACAGAAAAGCAGGAGGAAGCCAGGAGAAAUCGCAGCCUGGCUGCUGAAAUAGAUCUCAGCCUGGAACCACCCACUAAAAUCAGUCGGACAACAGAUGUUGAAGAGGACAGGAAGGUUAUCUGGAGAGCUGUUUCGGAGCUGUAUGACAGGGAGUGGCUGCAACAUGGAGAGAAGUUGGGUUUCACAGAGUCAAGAUAUGUAGAAUUUAAGCACUACUCCACUGACAACUUCCUGACUCGUGUCAGAGAAGUGCUGCCUCAGUACAUUGCUGGGUUUGCAAACGCAGGCGGCGGGUAUUUCUGGAUCGGGGUGGAUGAUGAUGGCAGAGUGCAGGGAUUCAGCUGUGAUGAUAAGAAGCUGGGAGAGUUAAAACGUGAAAUUGAAUCUGUUCAAGACAAAUUUACUUAUUUCCACAUCUGCUGGAUGGAUCAUGUAUGCCAUGUGUUCUAUGAACACAAACUAUUCCCAGUGUGUGGAGAGGCUGGAGAGCUCCUUGGCCACGUCUGUGCUGUGCAGGUUCUGCCGUCGGAGUGUGCUGUGUUUGCUGAAGCCCCGGACUCAUGGCUAGUGGAACAUGACUCAUGGCUAGUGGACCAUGACUCAUGGCUAGUGAAAGGCAGCACCAUCAGGAGACUGAGACUAAAGGAAUGGGUUAUGUGGAUGACCACUACUGAUCCAGAUCUUUCAAGGCUUUCUUCAACCUUUAGGCAAGAGCUCAGUCUGACAGAGGGGCCACCUCUUGCCAAGGCAGUUUAUUCACACCAAGGAGCUGAGAGUGCUGCUACCCUUUGUGAGAACCUCUUUCCAGUGAGACCUGCCAGCAUCACCUAUACCCCAGAAAAACUCAGGGAAGAUCUCCUCCAGGAGCAUCCAGGAUUGGAUACCUUAAUGGAAAGCCAACUCAAGCCCCUUUCAGAGGGAGUUCUGAUAUUUUCCAGGAGCUGGGCUGUUGAUGUUGGCUUGCCAGCAAACCACCUCAUCAUUUGUGAUGUUCUCCAAGUAGCCAAGGACAGGCCACCUAUCCUUUAUACAGUCUGCAAGCAGAUCUCAGAGGCCUUGUUUGAGUACUCAAGGAGCACAGCCCAGAGCCUGAAGGAGAAGUUAGUCAACAGAGGAGGCUACAUCCACAAGCUGUGUGUAAUACCCAAGCUGCUGCCCUUGCCUGCCCAAGGCAGCUGUGGAGAAGAAUGGCACCUGAACAUUGAACAGAUGUAUCCCCCUGGCUACAGCCUGCUCAGCACUGGCAACCUGGGGGACCUCUUGCGUGCUCUCACAGUAGCUCUGCUGACUUUCAAGUCCUUUCUAAGUGACAGGGUUGGUUCUGAGUUUCUGAACCUCUUGACCCUCAAACAAUACCAGGUGCUGUCAGAAAAUCUUCACAAAACUAAGAAGCUCUACGUGUAUGGUCUGCCAGGAACAGGGAAAACUGUAGUGGCCCUGAAGAUCGUGGAGAAAAUAGGAACCAUGCUGCAGUGCUCACAAGAAGAAGUUCUUUAUAUCUGUGAGACCAAGGGUCUGAGAAAUUUUGUGCAGCAGAAAAACAUUUGCCAAGCUGUGACAAGAGAAGAGUUUUUGACAGAGAACUUCAGCACUGUGAAGCACAUAAUAAUUGAUGAAGCACAGACUUUCCGAGACCAGGAAGGUGAUUGGUAUGAGAAAGCCUUGAGACUAACUUCAUCACAAGACCUCCCUGAGCCUGGCUUCCUCUGGAUUUUCUUGGAUUACUUACAGACAAGUCACAGCUUCCCAACUGGCCUUCCAGAUGCGGGGCAGCAUGAUCCUGUUGAGUCGCUGACCAAUGUGGUUCGUAAUGCCAGCAGCAUCUACAGCUAUGUAAGAGACAGAAUGAAAGAGAUUGUAGAGUGUCCCACCCAGGGGAUUCCUAUCCCACGUUUGAGCGACUUGGUAGACAGAGCCACAUGUGCUCACCCUAUGACAGGCAGGUUAGAAAUACAGCAGAUAAAGUGCACUGAAACAGGUAAGUACGUGUCAGAGCGUUGUAGAGAAUACAUCAGGGAGGGCUACUCAGGGAAGGAUAUUGCUGUGCUGUUCUACAGAGAUACAGAUGGACAGGGAAAUGCCCGAAGGAGCUUGCUAGCAGAAAGUUUAGGACUUAAUUCAAAGAUACCAUUUCUGAAAAUGGAGAGCAGCUCCUGGAGGGAGCAGGCUGUCAUUGACAGCAUCCAGAAUUUUGCUGGCUUAGAGAGGAGCAUUGUGUUUGGUAUUAUUCCCUCAUCUAUGCAGAAAGAGGAAAAUCCUUUCACUAAUCUCUUGGUCUGGAUAGCAUCCAGAGCAAUUUCAGAUCUGCACUUGUUGUUCGAGCACUGAAAUCCUUCGUGAUUGGAGCUG